CACCCACCCACCCACCGGCACUCCUCACCACCUCGUCCAGAUAACGCGAAAAAUACACCGGCGUCGGCCUCCCGCCCUCCCUCCCUCCCGCCCUCCCCGGGGACAGCAGCGAUCCCGACUCCGCUUCUUCCGCACCACCGUCGUUUCUGGAAGUUUCUCUCGUGUCUUUCUCUCUGUCUCUCGCUACCCCCCGGCCCCCCUCCCCCCCCCACACACACACACCCCUCUCUCUCGCUACUCCGUUGCAACUCGUUCAUCCUUCCUUACCCUCAACCCCCCCCCCCCCCCCCCAACCUCACCCCCCACUCCGCCCGCGAGUGAGUGAGUGAGUGAAUCAUGUCUGGCUGGAACGGUUAUGUGGACAGCCUGAUGGCGGACGGUUACUGCCAGGACUCGGCCAUCGUCGGCUACACGGACGCCAAAUACGUCUGGGCUUCCAUGCCCUCGGGCACCUUCUCCUUCAUAUCGCCUCAAGAAAUAGAUGUGAUAACUGGAAAAGAUCGUCAAGGUUUCUUCACCAAUGGCUUGACCUUAGGUGGAAAGAAGUGCUCUGUUAUCAGAGAUAGCUUGUUUGUUGAUGGCGACUGCACGAUGGAUAUCAGGACAAAGAGCCAAGCUGGAGAACCAACAUUCAACGUUGCUGUAGGCAGAGCUGGCAAAAUCUUGAUCUUUGUAAUGGGAAAAGAAGGGGUCCAUGGAGGCGGAUUGAAUAAGAAGGCAUUCACAAUGGCAAAAUACUUGAGAGACUCUGGGUUCUAGUUGACAGGCAGGCUUGCUAUUAUUCAGUAGUUUAAAAGAAUUGCUAUUAAAGUUUCCUUUUAGCAGUCAUCUACUCUUUCACAUUGAAGUUCUGGAAAGUUUAAUAGCAAUGCAGGGUUCUGGGGGUAUUGAACCUAUGUCUCCUUUGUAUCCCUGUAUUGUUUUUACAUUUUUGUUCAUUUUUUUUGUUUCUUUUGUGUACUCCAGCAUUGGUUAUAGUCAUGGGAAAGAAUUCUGUCCAUGGAGGGCAACUCAACAAGAAAAUAUAUGAAAUGAUUGGACACCUGAAGGGAGCUGGAUUCUAAGCAGCCUUUCCUCAUUCACCUAGCAACUCAUUCUCCUCACCACCUCCUUCACCACCCCACUCAGUUGCAUUGGUAGUUUCUUUUUUUUUAAUUUAUCCAUUUCUGAUGUUGUUGAUCCCUUGUCCUUGAUCACGUAAUUGUAAUAACCUUGUAUGUGUAAUGGAAAGUAAAUCCCAUUUUCUGGCACCAUUAGCACAAUAACUAAAUUGUGAUAUGCAUGUUACUUGAUAUUGUUGCAAAAAAAUUUGGGCUGAUUUGCUACAUUUUGGGCAUUGCUUUAUUUUAGCAUUUAGACAUUGCCAUCUGAAGUCACCAAACCAGGUCCUGAGUUUAUUCUCUUUUUCUCUCCCUCUUUCUCCCCUCAAAUAAAAGGUGCCGGUAGUACAAUCUCAAAUUUAAGUGAUGCUGAGUCAGCAAUUUGAGCAGUAAGAUAGCUCAUCUAGUCUUCCUUCUUUUUCUUGCAUGCCUGGGAGGGAAAGGGCAUGCAUAUCAUUCUUCUGUUCCAACUUACCUCUCUGGACACUUUCCCUUUUUUUCUUUUUCCCUUCUUUCCACCCCCUCCACCUGCCCCCUCCCACCCCCCCCAAUCUACUUCAUUGCCCAUUCAUUCCUUAAGCAACUCCUGGCUUUCUCUUUGUUUAAUAUGUUUACAUUUCCUGAGUUGCAGGCACCUUGAAGCAGUUUUGUAGUUGCAUUCUUUUAAUUUGAUCUUGGAUUUCAACUGCUCGAGUCAAACUUUAUACAUCCUGACUUGAGUGAGUACAAUUACAAAACCGUUCAGAGUGCAGACCUUUCUCCCGUGACCUUGCUACAAUUUUGACUGGUCAGUUUAAUCUCCAGGGACAUUCCAUCCUUGCAAUAGCUCAGGCACUUAAAUGUUGUUUUGCCAGCUCCUUUAGCAUAUUUAACUUUUUAAUAAAGGCUGCCAUUUUGGACAACAGAUAUCCCAACAUAACCAUCUGGAGUGUGUCCAGUUUUGAGUGCUUCAUAGGACCAAUUAAGAUGCAGCUUGGGUUUUGUAAGACUACAGACUAUGUAAAAUGCCAUUGUAAAGGACCACUGCCAACCUUCAAAUCUGUACUGGCAGUUUAGGUGUAGAUCUUAUGAAAACGUGUCCAGCAGAAUGUUGGUAAGAGUGUUACAAGUUCUUUUGUCAGUAUUUGAUGUGGGUUGGCAGUCUCCUACAUUUAAAUUCAAAUUGCAAACUGUUCAAAAUUCUCAAAUGAAGACAAUUACGCAUUAGAUUUGGUAAGCCCAUGCUGCAGGAGGAAAACUGUUGAAGAAUUUGCCUUGCGCUCUAUUCAUCUUGAAAUCUGUGGAAAUGUCUGUUUUGAGCACAGCACUAACUUGUGUCCAAUUCAAACAAAUUACAAAAUUCUGUAUUCACAAAUGAAUAAAAUGGGAGAUGGUAUUGGUUGGAAUAAUCACACUUGGCUGUCUUGUGAAAUUAUUUUGCAAAUGUUUGUGUAUCCUGUGCCAUAUUACAUAGAGAUUUGAUCUGUUGCUGUUGUGAGAUGGAUUUUAACUGCUGCUGCAAGGCUUUCAGUUGAACAGUGCUUCCCUUAUGGGUGUUAAUUCUAGCAGAAGCUUGAUAUGUUCAAGCCUUGUGGAAUAUGUACAGAUUUAAAAAUUCUUGUUGCUAAUUUCUGUCCACUUUCUUUCCCUGCACUUUUGUUACAUCUGGGAUACAGUCAAACUCAUCUGAUUUAAUAUGCAUUUACAGAAUGCCAUAACUGUUAAAACACCUUGUUUACAGACAGACAGAUGAAAUAAAUUUAUUCCAACCAUAA